UUUUGAGAAUAGUAACGCAAUAGGACAAAUAUGUGAUAAGUAUUGACAAUUUUAGAUUACCGUUUGUUGUCAUCUUCAGAACGUUGAUUUACGAAUGUUGAUUUUUGUGAUUAACUGCACCAUUUCCAUUAUUUAAACAAAAAAUGCAAUAAAUUUUCGGAACAUGGAGGAAACGAGGAAUGAAACAGUGGAUCUUUCGAGGCGUGGGCUAAAGAAAAUAGAGAAAGCGCCUUUAGAAGACUCUAAAACAAUUAUAUCAUUGAUUCUCGACCAGAAUGAACUACAGCGGCUGGACAACAUCGAAACUUAUAACCGUAUCGAAAACUUGUCAAUAUGCAAUAACUUUCUGGUUCGGAUGCACGGUGUAUCCCGUCUUGUCAAUCUGAGAGUCCUGGCGUUGAACAACAAUGGAAUACUGCAAAUAGAGGGAUUAAAAGAUCUGAUUUAUUUGAAAGUAUUAAAAUUAGCUGGCAACAACAUCAAGUCUAUUGAGCAUUUAAACCACAAUAUGCAUAUAGAACAUCUAGAUCUGUCAAACAAUCAAAUCUCUUUUAUAGCUGAUAUAUCAUAUUUGAAGAGCUUAAAGCAUUUGAACCUGGAAAGGAACCGUAUAAUGGAUUUACGUCAGUGCGACCGCUAUCUACCUCCCGCAUUAGAACAUUUAGGUCUUGCACACAAUAACAUUCAGGAUUUGAACGAGAUAUGUCAUUUGGUGCAUUUAUCUAAGCUAGACAGUUUCAGUAUACAAGGCAAUCCGUGUGUCUCAUUAGCUGGCAAGGAUAAACUAGGAUUUGACUAUCGUCCGUUUGUACUCAAUUGGAUUAUGAGUGUCAAAUCUAUAGAUGGAUUUAUUGUCAGUGCGAUAGAGAGUUUGAAGGCAGAAUGGCUGUAUAGUCAGGGCAAAGGGCGGCAUUUCCACGAAGGUCAGCAUAGAGAACUAUGCGAGUACCUUGCCGCCACUUGUCCCCUUACAGCUGAUGCGCUAGAGACUGAAGAGCAAAGGAAAUUAAGACUCAUUCUCAGUAAGGCACAACAUCACCAACAACAGUUAAAAGAUCACAACCACAGCCCAAUGAAGUCUAAGAUUCAAUCUCCGAGGAUGCAAUCUCGUGUGCCGAGUCGUCACAUGGGGCGGUCCCCCGACCGGCUGAGCAGCAGCUACCACGCGCGUGCUGCCUCCCCCUCGCCCUCCCCCACACCCGCACACCACACGCACAUACCUCACGCCAUGAGUCACAGCUACGAUAGUCCCGGACUUAUGUUUGACAAGCGGGACAACAAUAGGGACAAAUCUGCAGAAUUACCAAAACCAGUGAACCAAUCAUUAGAAGCAGCAUCAAAAAUGGUUCCAGUACCAGAAUCCCUCAUGAGCCCCGACUACCAAGAUCCUAUUUACGAUAUCCAAAGAACAAUACCAAAGCCGAAUACAAACAUUUCAACAUCAAGUCAAUCCAGUAAUAGUAGCGUUCAAGAUGAUAGAAAACUGAAAAGUCUAAAAUCAUCACCGAAAUUACCAAAAAGUGCAAAUUCAUCACCGAAAUUGAAAUCUAAAAUGGAACGUAAAGGAAGUUUGACUAAAUGUGAUAUAAAAAAUGAUGAGAAAAAAUUAAACGGUAUAACAAAUAAAGUAGACCAAAUAGAUCAUGAUAAAUUGGAGAUGAUACGUUUAGCAUCGAACCAAAGAAGACAGAAGAAGAUGAGCGUAGAAGCAAUGGCAGCGGUCACCAUACAGAAGAUGUGGAGGGGAUACAGAAGUAGGAAUCUAAAUAAGGAUACAUUGAGGAUCCUGCAUGCGAUACAAGCUGCCAGAGCGAGACAGCAUAUACAACGACUGACAUGUGACAUGGAAGCGACAAAAGCAGCUUUAGAAAGUGAAAGAAAGAUACAACAAUUGCAGAUGCAAGCUAUCAAUGCGUUAUGGAAGAAAGUUUCUACCUUACAAAAUGCUGAUGUUCAGAAAAACAAGUUGUUUGAUACAGAUGACAACUCUGAAGUGUUGCGACAGUUGACGGAUACAUGUUGCAGCUUGCAGGCGCAGGUGGUGGAGCUGCAGAGCAGCAUGCAGCAGGUGCUGCGCGCGGUGUCGCAGCGCACACGCGGCGCGCCCGUCGCCACGCAGACUGACAUCGUCGCUGUUGACACGCCGCAGGAGGAGCGGUGCACGUGGCUGCGGCGACCUCAGUCACUAGCACUGCCCUCUGCCGUGCCCGCGACAACAUUAACCGACAUCGAAUGCAACAAAACGAACGAUGUUGUCGCCAUAGAUAUAGAGCGUACGGAGUCCAUCAUAGAGGAUAGAGGUGACGUGACCAUAGACAAUCAAGAACGAAGUCUUCUCGUUGAUUGAUGAAGUAACGCUUAUUACCUGCACUAUUGGGGUUAUAUUUGCAAAGCUGAGCUUACACGGAUUCAUUCCAAAGUUGAUGUUAUAUUUUGCAAUUUUAUAUAAGCUUAAUGUACCUAUUAAAGAUUAUAUGUGAAUUAUUUAUAUAAUGAAAAAUAUAUAACGAUGAAGAGUUACAUUGAAUAUGUUUGAUUUUGAAUGUUGCUAUGAAAAUAUACCAAAAUUUAUGUUUAAAAAUAUCACAUAAGUAAUUGUUUCUUU